CCCCCACUAAGCGAAAAAAAAAAAGGCAUUAAUGUAAUUACCAAUAUAAAUUCAGGAUCUUCAGCUACCAUUAGGUACAAUGAAAAUACUGUUCCCUAAAACUAGUUAGUCCCCUUAUUUGGCCCACUUGAAUCCAGGGUUCCUGAAUGAGUGCUAUAGCCAUGUUACCCAUAGCAAGUUUCUGGCAUACAGGUACUGUCUCAUUCUUACUCUGAUUUAAGAUGAUUUGAACAAAUUUCAUCAUUAAGAAGAAUGCUGUCUUCUGGGAUGUGGCGCCAUGUAAAUAUUGUGUAAACCGACGUUUCGGAGGCAUGUAUCGCAUUGAUCUUCAAGGUUCCUUGCUCACUGAGUUUUAUACCCUGAAGAUGGAGGCCAUAUGUUCCUUCGAAACGUCGGCUUACACAAUAGUAGUUAGUAUGUGAGGUAGGUAGAGAGCUGCUGCUGUGAGAAACUGGUAGCCGAGGCUGGAGACAGUUCAUGAAGGGGAACGUCCGUCGUUGGAAGCCACUAUCAAGCAAAGGCUAGUGAAGACAUGACUGUGGGCACUAGUGCGUUUGUGUGUAAGAGUGAAAUGUAUAGUCACGCACUUUAUGUAUCAAAGUGUCCACUAAACCCGAUCAUCAACCCAAAACCCAUCUAUAUUCACAAUAAUACAUACAACAAUAUGAAACUACACUGAUGUGUCACUCCACAACAUGUAAGCACUCUCUCACUCCAUCCUUGUCACUUCACACACACAUCCACAUCUUAUCUUAACUAUAUGUUUAUUCUGUAGAUAACAUGAAAACAUACUGAAUAGGUGGGGCCACUUCACUGAUGAGAACAACCUCAGGGCUUCUAGGGUAUUGCUUUGCUGAAGCAAUCAGGACAAAUUUGUGUGUGAAUAAAACACAACUCAGAGAUAUAAAUACAAUAAAGUCAACAGUAUUAUCACAUGUGCUCAGUAAUUCAUAUAAUUAAAGCUUAUGGGUUUACGUGAACGUGAGACACAACUUGCCUUCUUAUAUGGCGUUGGAGCAUGCCUGUCAUUAGUCACCAUAAUCUGCAGUGCAGUUCCAUGGAGUCAUUGGGAAGAGAUUCUUGAUACAUGUGUGAGUGCCCGCUGUGGUUGCAUUCUCUAUGGCACACAAACAUUCCGUACAUUCAAUGGUGGUGACAUUUCAGUUUGUUACUUCGCAACACUUGCUUCAGUGCCAGCUUUCAUCAUUGCCAUAAUUACGGCUGUAUACCAUGGCUACAGAGUCUGUAUGUUCAGCAAGGAGGAAACUAGAACUACAGCAAGAAUGAGACGAAGGAAUGGGGACAUUGCUGUAGUGACAAAACAUACAAAGAGAGUGCCUGAGAACCCUGGCUGCAUAUGCUGGACAGGACUGAUUAUUCUGUCAUUAGGUAUUUGUAUUCUGCUGAUAAUUAGUGCAAGUUAUCUAACUCAUGGAUAUUACCAAACUUGCGGAGAAUACAGAAGAGCUCUCUCCAAAGACAGUCAAAUAACUGGUCAGAUGGCAGCAACUAUUAAUGGGCGGUUAUCAUGUGGAGCUAUAUUUGACUUCAUGGACUACUUGGAACCUGUUACAAGACCAUUCCAACGAAAAGAAUAUAUAAAUUACAACCGCCCACAUGAAGAAAGGGACUUUGAGCGAGGACCAUUCAUCAACACUGGGCUGUCCCUCCAAGCAGCCAUAGGUUCUGUGUGGAUAAACUGUGUUGUUUGGACUGCCAUCUUUAUAAACUAUGGUAUUAUUAUAAACAAAGCAAGAGGUUGUUGUGGUGGUACAAGUUAAACAAGUGCAGAAAGCUGUCCUGAAUUUCAGGGUAUACAAAGCUUUCUGUGCUCUUAAUCUUAAUAUUAAUUUAUAUUGUAUAGAAAUGUACUGCUGAUAGUACAGCUAUACAAUCUUAUAGGUUCUCCUUUCUUCAAGUUUGUUAACUACACAUCACAUAAAACAAAUUUUGUGUAACCUAUUUCCAUCAUCACAGAGUUCCUUUCAAUCACAAUUACUAGCCAUAAUUUCAUACGACAUAAAAGAGUACUUGAUAGGGUGCAACUAAAUUAUCAACAUCCUUCUAAAUUUAGAAAAUAUCAAUUUGCUACAAAUGGCUGCAUCUGCACUAUAUGUCUUUGGUGCCUUAGAAUCUGUGAAAACUCUUGGAAUUUAAACCCAACUAUCUACAAGAUUUCACAAAUUAGUUACUCAUACAAUGGAUAUGCACAGAUAUAACAAAGCCUUUUCAUAACUUAAAGAAAACUGGAAAAAUUCAGUAUGCAAAUGAUUAUAACAUACAAAUAAGUAUACAUCUAUAUGCAUGGAUGUAUCAAUAAAGCAAACAUUUCUGAAGACAAUUCAUUUCAAUUUAAAACUGUUUCGGAUGAAAGCAUAUUUUUAAUUUCCAACCUGAAAGCUUUUUUCUUUUGACCAAUUUUAAGGAGUGGUAUGAUAUCUACUGCCACUACAUAAAUAAUCAUCUAUUUUAUGAGAAAAAUAUGUAAUGUUUUACAUAAAUGUUAAUAUUUUUAUUCUGAGCAUUCUAAUAUUAAUUCAAAUAACCCUAUCUGUGGUCUGCUUGUGUGUGUGUGAUCAUAAAUGCUGGUCUCGAAUUAUGACAUACACAAAAACAGCAGAUACAGAAAGCAGAAUAUUUAACAGUUGGAUGAAUAGAGUUCUCUCUUCAAAUGAACUGCUUCUCUGACUUUGAUCACUACAUCAAGGUCUAUUAGUAAUUUUUAAUGUCUACAGUUCUUUGAAAUAAUACAUAUUCUGCUGCUCUUUUCCAAUUACUUUAGAAAUACUUUAGAAAUAUGUAAAAUUCGUCUGAUGUAGUGUCACAGGUUCCUGGCAUUAACAAUACUUCUUCUAAUAGAUGAAAUGCUAAUGUUAAGAGACUCUGUAGACAUUCCUAUCUUCAAAUAUUCAUUAUAGUAUAACCAUCCAAACAACAAGAGAGCAGUGCAUUAAUCCUACUUGCCACAAUUCUUAUUAUAAGCUAAAAUUCUAAUUUUAACUUGGCAGAUAGUUAUAGACUGGUCUCACCUUCUGAGAAUUUGUUCUUUAUAAAGAUUGCUUGCAGCUAUUGACUAUAUUGCGAACAGCAUGCAAAACAGAAUAACCUGAUUAAAAUAAUUUAUGUGAUGUCUUUACUCUCAAUCUUUUGACUCUAGCACAGACUGACAGUUUUGCUUCAUCCAGGAUACCAUGGAUUAUAGGGCCUCAAUGCAAUACUACAUUUCAGAUGUACUUUGAAUAACUCAUGACUAAGCUACAUAAGGCAGUCACUCAGAGCUGUAAAUACAGCAAAGAUCUGCCUAAUAUUUACACUGUUCCUGUAUUAGUUUCAAUUUACAUAUGCACUAGAUAAAGUUAAGAUUAUGGAUAUGAUCUGAUCUGAUCUAGCAUGUCAACAAACCUGACAAAAUGAGCCAUGAACAGAAAGUACUUAUAUAGUUAAUACUAAAAUACUGUUUGAUAUAACACACAGCAUAAUCAAAAGUUCCUGUGACUUGAGUGUUACUUUUCAUACAUUUUUUGCAAUAAUAAUGUAAUAUUUUUAUUUCUAUUAAAUCAUACACUAAAGAAUACUCAUUUUAUCAUGCCCAAUACUGCAAACAAGACUGAAUAUAAAGAACUUUUUUCCAGUAUCAUGAUUUCUAACUGUAGAACGUGUAGAAUCUGACAACACAAUUCCUUAUCUUUUCAUCACAAACCAGCUGAAAGAAAUACAUAACAAACUGUCUUCUAGCUGCCUUAUCAAGCUUCCAAGAAAUAUGACGUAAUAUUGCAAAAAACUACAUUUACAUUACAUAUUAAACAAUAACAAAUGCAUGGACAUGACAAUAACAAUACAUGACAGGUGUCCCAGGAGGAAAGGUCAAUAUUCUGGGAGGUCAUAGUAUCGGUCACUCUAAGCAAAAAAGUGUAUAUG